AUGUGUAUAUUUAAAAACUUCACAUCAGCGGUAAAAGGAUUCGAUCCCACUGUAGACGCUCGUUCGCAGUUUUCAACGGCUUCUCACGAUGUUUCUUUUGACUGCAAGUUGGUAGCCGGUGGAAGCGCCACCAGUCUGCAGUGUGAACACAUUUACGUGGUGUUCUCAAUAUUGGAAAUGGGCGGGGCGCAUGCUGCGGAGUUUUUCAGCGAGCACCUCACGUGCGACACCAGAUGCGGCCUCUACAUUGAAAGUGGAGAUGUGUGCACUGCCAUGAUCAACCAUGCGAUGCAGGAUUGGCGCGCGCGCCAUGGAGUUACGUCGCACAGUCAAGAUCACACGGGCAUCGCCGCGUUGAGGUGCCGCGCAGUUACUAACUAUUCUUGA